UGAAGCACAACUACUUUCCUACAGAAGCUUUUGUUCAAGAAAUAUAAUACUCUUCGUUUGAACCACCCAUCAUAUCCGUCAAUAUGACACGCACCGAUGUCCUCAUCGUGGGAGCAGGCCCAACGGGGCUCGUUCUAGCCCUGUGGUUAACUCGCCAAGGUAUCAACGUGCGUAUUAUCGACAAAUCAGAAGCCAAGGCAUCAACAUCGCGAGCGAUGGCAAUUCACGCCCGCACACUCGAGCUAUAUCGCCAACUCGACCUCGCCGAAGAUGUAGUCGCCAACGGCCAUAAGAUCGCAGCGACCAAUAUUUGGGCUGGGGGCGUCCAUCGCUCCCAUGUCCCGUUCGGUGAUCUUGGUGCAGGCCUAACGCCCUACCCGUUCAUACACAUCUACCCCCAAGAUCAGCAUGAACGAUUGUUAGAGGCGCUAUUGAAUACAAUGGGAGUGCAUGUCGAGCGUAAUCGGGAGUUAGUCGAGUACCAGGAGAAGGAAUCAUUUAUCACAGCGCAAUUGAGGAAUCUCACAAAGCCACACAUCGACAAUGACGACAUGGAGACCUGUGAAGCAGCUUUUAUCGUUGGUUGCGACGGUGCCCGUUCUGCUGUCCGUCAGAACUGCGGGAUCGGAUUCGAAGGGGCUACAUACUCAAAGCUGUUCUAUGUAGCCGACAUUGAAGGCAGCGGGCCUAGCCUCAAUGGUCAAGCACACUUGAGUCUCAAUGAUAAGCAAUUUUUCUUGCUCAUGGCGUACGACAACGACCGUCAUGCGCGACUAAACGGGGCCGUCGAUGAAAGCGCACUGACGAAAGACCUUUCCGACCUCACACUCGACGAUGUUGCCCCAGACUGCGGCAAGGCCGUGGGCGUCAAAAUCGACAAGGUGAACUGGUUUAGCAUCUAUCAUGUUCACCACAGGGUAGCUGAAGCCUUUCGCAGCGGGCGGGCUUUUCUUGUUGGGGAUGCGGCGCACAUCCACAGUCCGGUCGGAGGACAAGGUAUGAAUACCGGUAUCGGUGAUGCCAUAAACCUCGCCUGGAAGCUUGCAGCAGUUAUUCAAGACAAAGCGGACAUGUCUCUCCUCGAUAGCUACGAAGCUGAACGGCGGGCGUUCGCAGCACUUCUGGUCAACACCACGGAUACUGCAUUUAACGCUAUUGCCUCCGAGGGGUACCUGUCCCAUUUUAUUCGGACAUGGUUCAUUCCUUAUGUUUCUCCUAUCCUGUCCAAGUUUGGUCUCGUGCGACAAAGAGUGUUCCGUGGUGUAUCCCAGAUUAUGCUAAACUAUCGGGAUAGUGCGCUGUCGACUGGCUCGGCUGGUACCAUUCAAGGAGGAGACCGUAUCCCUUGGGCUCCAGUGGGCGAACUUGAUAAUUUCCAAAGUUUGAAGGAGAUUACAUGGCAGGUCCACGUGUAUGGCGAAGCCAAAGACAUGUUGAAGGAGUGGUGCAAUUCCAAGGGAAUCCCUCUGCACAUAUUUCCUUGGAGUGAGAAAUAUCAGUCGGUCGGCUUGGGAAAAGAUGCAGCAUAUUUGGUCCGACCAGAUACCUAUGUUGCAGUGGCGGAGGCUUCUGGUCUACCAGAACAGUUUGAUCAAUAUUUAAAAGACAACAAGAUCCGAUUAUGAUCAUCACUGCUGCUGGAAUGAUUCCCAUUUUGUUAUAGAUUUGAACUCCUCUGUUCUGUGUACUUGCAUUUGUAUGAAAGGCGUACCUGGAGUUGUGGUUUCUGGUCAUUCACGAAUGAGCUACGAUGACAUAUAGCUAGACGAUACUCUCUAUUCUACAAACGAGAAUGUACAUCGGUGUCCUUUAUAUCAUUACUAUUUCGUACGCGGCGAGCAUCCUCCUCCUCACAAGCCUUUCUCCAUACUUCUUGGACCUAAACCUUCAUGUUAGCAACACCAGAGCCAGGGCCUAGGAAUGAUACACUGACAUCGUAAUGGUACAGCCAAUGGUGGUCAUCAGUCCAUUUGUUUUGGAUGUUAGCCGCCACAAUAUCGUCGAAGGAGGUUAGACCCUUGAUUAAAGUAUCGGAUGCCCGGAAACCAUCCAGAAUAUCGUACUGCAGCAAUUAGCAGACCGUCAAGAAACUAGACAUUGGCACAUACCAUAUCCUUGUAAUGCGGCGAUCGAACUCUAUCGUAUAGAGUCAAAGCAUCACUGACUGGAAGGUGGCGUUCAUGUGCCCAUUUCACUGCUCGAGUGAGCACAUACACGUCUUCCAGGGCGAAUCCCGCCCCAGCACCUGGAUGGUGUUA